AUGCAUCAUACCCACCAGAGUCCUACGAACAAAAAACAUGGAAUAACCGAUGCGGCUCACAAGCGUCAAAGACGAAUGAGACAAAAUGCUAACGCUCAACGAUGCCAUCGUGCAGGAGAAACUGAAGAACAACGUAAUAGUAGACAACCCCGCUACCUCCAGAUGUACAUUUGGGACACUAAACACGAAUUACACCAUCGAAUGAAUGCCAUUCUGAAUUUCCAGCUUAACCAUGCUAUUGUUCAUGAAUUGAAAACCAUGCUUAACGAGUUAAAUCCUUAUGUUUCUCAUCUUCGUUAUAUCUCAGAGCUGCCUAAGAAAAAUAUUGCUAAUCUACGACUCAUGAUUCACAUUAACAUUCGCGGAUUAGAUCAAAGAACUCAUAAUGCUUCAACUGUUCCACAAGUUGCCGCGAUCUGGAUUAAUGAAGAUACAGUCUCUGAAAUCCCUCAGAGGCGGAAUAUUAUUCUACACACGAAAAUGGAUAAAUUAGUUCGAAUCUCAGAGUUCACCAGAUGUUAUGAUCCUUUAGUAUACCCUCUCUUUUUUCCUUACGGAGAGCAAGGAUGGACUUUUCGCCAAAUCCCUUAUAAAGGACAUCCUUUCCAACUGAUGUCAAAUAACGAUUGUGAUGUUUCCAUAGAUAUUGAUGCUGAAGGAUAUCAACAAAGCGAUGCUGGAGAUAAUGUUAAUCCACAAAAUAGAAUGUUUAUCAGCGCAAUGGAGUAUUAUGCUUACCAAAUACAGAUUCGUCCUAAUAAUAUCAAUUUAAUUUUGUGA